UGUUUUUCUAUCUGCUUCAGAGCGGAUUCGACCGCCAAGUAAGUUACAUUUUGCCAUGUCACGCUAAAGAAGUUUAAAAUCAGUUUAUUUAUAGAAAUCUGGAUUGGCGUGGGCGCAGAGACAUGCCGCUGGAUAUAUGACCUGAAAUGAGACCCUGUCCUGUUUCUUGAAGAUAAUUCCCGGUGAUUUUUGAGCAGCUGUUAUUACUGUAUAACGUUAGCUAGCUAAUGUUACACAGUGAAGCCAGAAGCCUCAUGUUUUCGUCAAGCCAAGAGGAGCACUGCGCCCCGUCCAAAGACCCAGUGAAAUACGGGGAGCUGGUGGUGCUAGGGUACAAUGGCUCUCUGCCCAAUGGAGAUCGGGCUAGACGGAAAAGCAGAUUUGCGCUAUACAGGAGGACCAAAGCCAAUGGUGUUAAGCCCAGCACUGUGCACAUCAUCAACACACCCCAGGCCAGCAAGGCUGUGAACUGUAAAGGCCAACACAGCAUCUCCUACACACUGUCCAGGAACCAUACAGUAGUGGUGGAAUACUGCCAUGAUAAAGACACAGACAUGUUUCAGAUUGGGCGUUCCACUGAGAGUCCUAUAGACUUUGUGGUGACUGACACAGUAGCAGGAGGCCAGGAGGGAGAAGAGACUCCCAUCACACAGAGCACCAUCUCCCGUUUUGCCUGCCGAGUUGUCUGCGAGCGUAACCCGCCUUUCACUGCUCGCAUCUACGCAGCUGGUUUUGAUUCUUCCAAAAACAUCUUCCUUGGGGAAAAAGCAGCAAAAUGGAAGAACCCUGACGGUCACAUGGAUGGACUAACUACCAAUGGGGUGCUGGUAAUGCACCCAAAGGGCGGCUUCACGGAGGAGUCAAAGCCUGGCGUAUGGAGAGAGAUCUCGGUUUGUGGCGAUGUUUACACUCUGAGAGAGACCCGCUCAGCACAGAUCCCAGGCAAACUGGUGGAACAUGAGAGUAAUAUACUGCAGGACGGCUCCCUUGUGGAUCUAUGUGGAGCCACUUUGCUGUGGCGUACUGCAGAAGGCCUCUUUCACACUCCCACCCAGAAGCACCUGGAGGCUCUCAGGCAGGAGAUCAACGCAGCGCGGCCCCAGUGCCCCGUGGGUCUCAACACACUUGCCUUCCCCAGCAUGCAACGCAGCCGCGCCCUCUCCUCGCUGGAGGAGAAGCAGCCUUGGGUCUACUUGGCCUGCGGCCAUGUGCACGGCUACCACAACUGGGGCCACCGUUCAGAGCAGGAGCCCAACGCUCAGCGAGAGUGUCCCAUGUGCCGAGUGGUCGGGCCCUACGUGCCACUGUGGCUGGGCUGUGAGCCAGCCUUCUACGUGGACACAGGUGCACCCACUCAUGCCUUCGUGCCAUGUGGACACGUGUGUUCGGAGAAGUCAGUCAAGUACUGGGCAGAGAUCCCUCUGCCCCACGGCACCCACGCCUUCCACGCCGCCUGCCCCUUCUGUGCCACCCAGCUCAGCCUCACUCAGGGCUUUUCCAAGCUGAUCUUCCAGGGCCCGGUGGACUGAGCUGAAGGGUCCUACUCCGGCAGAGAAGAUUAGGCAGGAAUGCCAACAUGCUGUGAAACUGUUCCGAUUAUUUUGUGCUUUCUUUUGUUCAUGUAAGCCAGCUGUGGAAAGGAGUAAGUCUUCUCAAGUUCUGGUCAUAUACUGUGGGUUCUGCACAACAGAGAGCCAUUACAGAUCGUUCAGGGCCUCGAGUGGCUGUUCGGCUGGCCACUGUGGGAGACAGAGUGAUGGAGCACACUGGACCGCAGAUGCUUUUGCUCCAGAACGAACUACUGUUUCAGCUAUCUGUCAAUCAACCACUUUAAACAAGGCUGUUUUUUACUAAAGUGAUAGCUGGAUUUCCAUCGGAGGUCCAUAGAAUAAAUUUAGUAGGGAUUAACUGAUUUUACUCAUGAAUCGGACCGAUCCAGAUAACAUUGGUGUAUUUGGAUCUGUUGGGCGGAGAGAAGAGUUUAUAGUUCAAUUCCUGGUGGGUCUGAGACAAAGUUUUUACAGAGCCAGACAGCUGGACUGUUGGCUGGGAGAAAAGCCUGGAGAAACUUGGUGUCUACGUCUAACUAGUUAAGUGCCCCCCAUCGCCCUGAACCCCUAAUGGCAUCUAGAUCAUGUAGCUCUCUGGAUUUUGGCUUCCAUUUGCUAUACAAACUUUGAAAAGACUUUUUGUGUACAGAGAUAUAAUCCAGUGCCUCUAAUCCCAUUAAAUGGUGGGAAUAUUUUUAAUAAAUGAGAAUAGAUAUUUUGUUGAAGGCAAAGGGAGAGAUAGUUUUGCAUACAUGAGACAUAAGGAAAUGACAGCCCACAUGGAUUCUUCAACACAUUUUUAUCAGACAGAAGAGGUAUUUUACUACACUGAGGCCCUUGUACUGUUUUGUAAUGCAAAUGUUUAAUAUAUUUUUCUCCUGCAUAAAUAUUGUGUGAGAAUGUUUGAGUGUGUGCAUGCAUGUGUGAUUGUGUGUAUGUGGGUUGGACUUUGUGGGUGCCCUUGGGCUUUGUUAAAAUCGCCCUGCAUCAUUUCACCCCAAUCUCCUUUUCUAUCUCACCCAACACCCAAAACACUACCAGAGAGAACCGGGGAUUAAACCAACCUCGCAGGGUUUGACAAUGAAUGUACUGAAAUACAUUGACUCUCCUCACUGGUGGU